UUAGGUACCUAAUUGAAGCGCGUCCAUCCACCUGAAAUUCGACGCGACGCACCUCCGUCAUUUUUUGAAUUCGGAUCUUUUUGUUACCAACAUACCGAAAAAUCGAUACGAUUACGAGGUCCUUUACGAUACGGAUUAAAACCGAGCACCCAUUUUUCGCAUAGAACUUUCCAAGAGUAUUCAAUUUGCCUGAUCGGUGAUUAUUGGGUUGAAAACUUCUAAUACUCAGAGGAGUUUCGGAAUAUAGAGAAACAAUACUACGCGAUCGCGAACUACCAAAAUCUCGCAAAAAUUGAACGAACUUCGUUCACAACCUCGGAUCCACCAUGGCUCUCCUAGAUGGUGCCCCGCAACCCGUGGGAGGGCCGACACUCUUCGGUGUGCCCAUGAAGCAACUUUCUCUUAUUACAUUGACAUUUCAAAACUCGGCUCUGAUCCUCUUAAUGCACUAUUCGCGAAUGAUGCCCCCGAGUGGCGACCAUCGAUACUUCACUUCAACAGCCGUGUUCCUAACCGAGGUGAUCAAGUUGGCGAUUUCCUUGACGUUCGCCAUAUAUGAAGUUUCGAGAAACCUAGCGCCUUCGACUCCUGCGACCGUCAUAUUCGAACAGAUCUAUAACUCUGUGUUUUCUGGUGAUGGAUGGAAGGUAGCUAUUGCUGCGACGUUGUACACACUGCAAAAUAUCCUUCAAUAUGUCGCGGUCGGAAACCUAGACCCGGUACAUUUCCAGAUCCUAUACCAACUUAGGAUUCUCACGACAGCUAUCUUUACUGUGACCAUGCUCGGUCGAUCCGUGACUGUUAAGCGCUGGAUUUCCCUCAUUAUUCUGACCGUCGGAGUUUCGAUCGUUUCAAUUCCAUCCUCGAACUCGAAGGACAGCUCGUUCAUGAUUCAUGACAUGACGGAUCACUUUUUCCCUCGAUCGGUACACGAGUUAGGUCAAGUAGCGAACGGUAUGGGCGAAGUUGCGAGGGAGCUUACGAAGCGUGGUAUGGAAACAGUAGUUGAGGUCGGCCAGGCUAUCGCAAAACGCUCUGCAACAUAUGAAGGUAUCGAAGAGGAUCAAGUUGCUACCCCUGUUAUGAACUACUCAAUCGGAUUGUCAGCCGUAAUGGCUGUAGCAGUCCUUUCCGGUCUGACGGGCGUCUACUUUGAGAAGGUUCUGAAAGAUACCGAAAGCCCCGCGUCUGUCUGGACUCGCAACAUUCAGCUGUCGUUCUACUCGUUAUUCCCGGCACUAUUGGGAAUUGUGUUUAAAGAUGGGCAAGAGAUUGCGAAGCACGGACUUUUCGAUGGUUACAACUGGAUCGUCUGGGCAUUGAUUAUUCUACAGGCCUUUGGUGGUGUGCUUGCCUCUCUUUGCAUUAAUUAUGCAGACAACAUUGCCAAGAACUUUGCUACUAGUAUAAGCAUCGUGAUAGGUUUCCUGUUCAGCGUCUGGUUCUUCAGGGUCCAUGUAACAUUGACGUUCUUAAUUGGCACAGCCCUGGUGCUUGUGUCGACCUUCCUCUACACUGGUCCUGAUCGGAAACGCGGCCGGCCGCCACCGAUCAACAUUGUCAAUUAUGAAAAGACGACAAUCGAUCCGAUGAGUACACCAAGGUAUACUGAUGAUAAAUUGAGCGUCCCAGACCCACUGGAGAACAUCAAGGCCAUGGGUCUAUCAACCUCUCGUCCGGCAUCUCCUUUACGACAUCACAGUCGUGUACCAUCGUCGCGGGGGAAGAACCGGGACGACUGAGGCGACGGAGUGUAAUCGGAUGAUACGUCAUAGUGGUGACCCCUCGGAUUAUGAGGCGAACCGGCCUGUAUACAAUACUAA